AUGUUCAUGAGGAACGGAUUGGUUUCAUAUGGUCCGCUUAUGUUCACCGGAGUGAAUAUGCCUAUCUAUUUAGGUCGGGAAAUCAACAUGAUAAACGGCUUAGCUCUGGAGUUGAGCAGAACGAAGCGGGUCGCUUGGGGAGUUUUUGAGAACAUUGAGGAUGUAGUGAAGAGAACAAAGAACACCAUUCUUCGUGCUCACCUUUUUACUACACGAUUCUUCCUGCAUAUUCGUCAGGAACAUGGCCGCUACUUAAACAGAAUGAAUGAUGUCACAUGUGAAGGAAGGGAUUCGAAGCUCCGACCUAUGUCAACGGAUCAAAAAUCAAACAUGCCGUUCUAUACACCAGGUUGGCGAAGAUAG